UAAACAUGUGAUUCGAUAAAACAAAUUUAUGACUAUAUUUCCGGCAUAAAAUGUUGAAUGUAAAUCAAAAAACACUACAAUUCUUUCUUCAUACUUGAUUUACAACUUCGCCUUAAACAGCUACCGUUUGCACGAAGACAAACAUUUGGACUACGAAUGCACCAUGUUUUGUGAGAAAGAAAUAGCUCGUGAUUUGCGAAAUUUUCAAAAGUCAUGUAAAGAAAAAAGACAACUUCUGAUAGAAACCUACUUAAAUGAAGAAAAAAACCUGAAUGAAGAAUACUCUAAUAAUUACAAAUUACUGCUUAAAUCCCAUAAAAAGCAAUUGAAGGAUCUUCAUGUCAAAGUUGAAGAACGCAAGAAAAAUCUAAGGAGGAAGCUUGAAAAUGAACUGAAAUCAGAGAAAAAGAAUCUAAAAAAGUUGUACAAGUAUAAAUCUCAAAGUGUUAGCCGACUUAGUGAAUUAGGCGAUAUACGAACUUCAGUGAUUUCACUGGAUGAUAAUAAUUCACCGUCUAUGCAAAAUGCUCCAAUCAUUGAAAAUGCCAAUUCACGUAUGCCAACCGUUCCGCUAUCAACAGGAUCAUCUCAGAAUUUCAAUAAUGCUGGUAAUACUACUAAUAAUAGUAAUACCAAAAGUGAGGCUAAAAAAUCGAAUUCUCGACUGGCAUUGAGAAAACAUCUGAGUAAAAGUGAAUACACGUUGAAUAGUAAAAAUAGCGGUAAAAAUAAAAACAGCAAUAGUAAAGAUUCAAACAGGAUUGAUCAUGAUAUUAUGCAACAGAUUAGAAAUGAAUUAGAAGAAAGAUUUCAAUGUUGUACACUGGAUUCGAAAAAUUCUGUUGCUCAAAUGGAAUGGAAAUGUCUACUGGAAAGACAAGAAUUACGAAGAGCCUAUUUAAAUAAUCUUGGUGAAUUAAAACAACGUCGUAUUAUAUCAUUGGGAAAUUUAACUCGAUUUCAAACGAAAACUUAUUAUGAUAUCCAAAGAAAAUGGUUGAUUCAAUUGCAUACACAUGAAUUAAAUCUACGUAAUAAACAAUGUGAAGAGAAGUUGAAACGGUUAGCUGCAACCCAGUCGAUAGAACGUCAAACCGCUUGUAGAUUAGUCAAGGAAUCAACUAAAGGACAUAAACAAAUGAUACGUGUUUUAGAGAAUAUGCUGAAGAGAGACGAAAGAAUGAAUAAGUCUAAUUAUGGUGGAACAAUGCUGGUGGAAAGCGGUGGUAAUAGCAGUAGUGAAUUACAUGGAAGGCAUACUUCAAUGUUUGAACCUUUUGUCGAGUCACCACCGAAUAUUUCAGCAUCCGAUGAAUGUAUACCAGUCAAUAAUAAUAAUAAUCGUUUUUCAACAUCAUCUUUACAUCAAAGGAAUCAAACCUUGUCAAUGUAUUCACCAAUAGGUAUUACCUCAGUGGAUGAAAGUAGUCAGACAUCAGAAAUAUCAUCAUUAGAUUAUAAGCUAAAAUGUGAACAAGAAAAUUAUCGUCGAUUAAAACAAUCAAAAUUAAAAAGUGUCGAAAUAAAAACUGAUGCGCCAACAUCGUUUGUUGUUGAUCAUCAUCAUCAUCAGCAUCAGGAACAUCAAAAUGACAAUCUGCGUAGAGUGAAAUCAGCUCAAAGUAUUCAUUCAACGAUAAGCGCAUAUGAAUCAUUACCAAAAACAAUUUUAAAUUUGUUAACAACACGUCAAAGUGAUUUAUGGACAAGUAUACUGGAACAAGAACAUUUACUAACAGAAAGUUUAAUGAAAUCACAUAUGGAACAAUUACAGGCCUUGACAAGAAGUGAAAAUUUAGCUGUUAAACGAUGUCAAAUGGAUGUUGAUAAUCGUUCAGCAUAUCUAUCAGUUACACUGGAAGCUAAUCAGAGAUUUGCAGAACAAGAAUUCGCUGAAGAACGUGAACGUAUGAUACGUUUUUAUUUUAGUGGUGGUGGUGAUGGCUGUGAUAUGCAUACUGGCGGUCAUUCACAUGAAACUUCUCAUUGUGAACCAGAAAAUCUUGACAAUAUGAAUUCUAUUUCAUCAGAGGGGAACAGUGAUCAUAGUACAGAAGUCGUCAGGAAUAAUAAUUAUCACCAACAUCAUCAUCAUCAAUCACAACAUGUAGACAAUAUUGAGAAUUUAAGUGAAACUAUUACACUGCCUGUAUCAAGUGCUAUUAAGAGAUUUGAAGGAUACGCGAAUAAAAAAGGUCAAAAAUGUCUGCCAAUCACCUUUAAACCACAUUCGUCUUCGUCUGCUUCUACCUUGACAAAAUCAAAUAUUGCUGAGGGGAAACGUCAGGGUAUUAUUCAGGCGGAGACAAGCAAUGGGAGAACAGAGGAAAAACAGAAAUAACAAACACAUAUAUUACACUUUAUCCCGUUAAUAAUAAUACUAUUGAGUUAAGGUCAGGUUUUUCUACUAAUCAAAUGUAGUUUUAUGUUCUUUUUUUAUGCGAAAUUAGUGGAACUGUUUUUACAAAAAAAAAACAAGUCAGAAACACAGGGACGAAUAUUCUUCAGUAAUAAAAAUUAUUCCACAUGAAUGAAUGAUUAUCACUCAUUAUGAUUAAUACUAACAACUGUCAUCCAUUUUAUUGAUUUCAUUUACUUGUAAUUAUAUAAAAUAUACCUCUCUUUUCAAUUAAUACUGUUCUCUGAGCUGAUUGGUUUAGUUGCGGAGAUUUCGUCGUCCCCCUGCUGGACAACAUCCUCCUUCAGCGCAAUAUUUAGCAUAAAGUGAACUGAUUUAAAUUUCCCAAUGUGUGAUAUGAUUGUGUCUUCCGGUAACCAUCUUCGUGACAUAUGUAUUGACCAUUUUCAAUUGACUUGGAUGGAUUUUAAACUUUCUGGUUAAAUGAUUUACUUUUAUUAGUUAGUACAUUUGGUCUACAUAUUAACUUGUUUAUUUAUUGCGUGUACGUUUGAGUACCAAGCUUCUAGGAAUUUCCUGACUACAGUUUUGGUUUUUUCCUCUGUCUAAGAUUUCGACACUAUCCCAAUCAAACUGAUGUCCAUAAUUAUCUAUAUAUAUUGAUAUGAAAGAAUAUAUAUCAUGUCUUUUAGCAGCUGAUUUGUGUUCUUGGAUUCUGAUUCGAAGAAGACGCCAACUUUGGCCGAUGUAAUGCCUGUUACAGUUCACACAUGCAAUUUAUUUUGUAAAUGGUAACAAUUUAAUCUCCUUUUUCUGUUGGAUGGGUCUUUCGGUUUGCAUAAUAUCGAAUUAAGUGAUUUCACUGGUUGGCUUGUGUGCUAUAUAUCUAUAUAAAACGGUUUCAGUAUUCUAGCUGUUAUUUCAAAGAUAUUUCUGAUGCAUGUUAGGAUGAAUUUUCUUGUGGUCUUUGAUGAUGGUUCCUUGUUGUUAGUGAGUUGUGAUUCGAUUCUAAACACUUUUUGAUGAAAUUUUGUGGAUAACCAUUCCUCCUGAAGACCAUUUGUAGGUAUUUUUGUCUUCCACUCUUUUCAAUUCUGGAGUGCUACAAUGUGUUUGUGAACUCCUCUAAAGAAUGUCUGCACACAGUUUCUUUUGUGAGUGAG